AUGUCGAGCGGACAGCCGAGGAUCAGACCGAUGGAAGCUAGAGACGUGGAUGAAGCUGGCUGGAUAUUCGCUCACGGCUUUGUGCCCAUGAUGCAGAAUGUCUUUCCAUCGGGCAUCACGGAAGGUCUGAUUCGCGCCCGCAGUGCACGGAUCGGGCACAGUCUACAGGAAGUUCGAAGCGGCAAAAGACCAAAAGGUAGAAUGGAGGUGGUGGUGCGAGAUGCGGUCGAUGCGGCCGGAAAAGUCGCAGAGGAAGAGCAGCUGCUUGGAUUUGUGGAGUGGAGAAUCGUCGAUGUUGAGAUGGAGAAGCAGCAGCGUGUGGAAGCGCAGGAUGCCGAAGAGCAGGACGAUGCGCUGGACAGGAUCAUGGCCAUGUAUCCCUCGGACGCUCGCAUGGAUCUGUACAAGAAUAUGAUUUCCAAUUUUGACAAGGCACAUCACCAGUAUGCCGGAAAGUUCAGACAUGCGUACGUGGAAAUCUUGGGCGUGUCCCCACGCCAUGCACGGACCGGCGCUGGGAGUCUCGUGCUCAGACACAUCGCCGAAGCAAGCGCAAAAGAAGAUGUACACAACAUCUUUCUGCUCGCCGCUCCAACGCCGUCCGCCGUGCCGUUCUACAAGAAGCACGGCUACAAGGAGCUGGCAAAGGUAACAAGCGAGGGUCUCGAAGAUUCCAUCGCAAUGCUUUGGACGCGACCUGAAGCUGCAUCGUAG